ACUGAAUGCUAACAAGGGGGAGAGAGAGUACAUGUCCACGGCGAGCGGAAAGGUGGGGGGUUCAACAGCGAGAUAUGGAGAAAUACAAUUAACCUGCAAUGUGCCAACGCCAAACUCACGCCGAUCAUAACCAUCCUCACCACCGAUCAUCAUCAUCAUCAUCAUCCUCACCCUCAUCACCACCACCAGCAGCAACGGCGCGACCGACCUCGUCUUUUUUCUCCUAAGAAGUGAAAUGUAUCGGGACUGCAUGGGAUCUUUCUUCUGACAAUGGAGAUUGAGAAUAUCGUGGCCAACACCGUGCUGCUGAAGGCGAGGGAAGGAGGCGGAGGGAAGCGUAAUGGACGGAGCAAGAAAUGGAAGGAGAUGCUGAAAUUGCCUCAUAUCAGUCAGUGUGAGGAACUGAGACGCACAAUUGAGAGGGAUUAUACAAGCCUUUGUGAAAAGCAGCCAAUUGGACGUCAGUUGUUUCGUCAAUUCUGUGACACUCAGCCCAAAUUACGGCGCUGUAUAGAGUUCCUGGAUUCUGUGGCAAUGUAUCAGGUGGCUCCGGAUGAGAAGAGGAGAGACGCCGGUUUAAAUAUUUUAGACACAUAUUUUAAUAACGGGUCAGCCGCUCAUCUACCAGAGAUGGCUCAGGAUGUGGUCGGGGAAUGCAGGCAGAAACUGGAACAGAGUCCAUGUAAAGAGCUGUUCCAGGAGUGUACCAGGAUAGUUCGUGAAUAUUUAAGUGGAGCGCCAUUCUCGGCUUAUCAGGAGACUAUGUACUUUUCCCGUUUUCUUCAGUGGAAGUGGUUGGAGAGGCAACCAGUAACCAAAAACACAUUCAGACAUUACAGGGUAUUGGGCAAGGGCGGAUUUGGUGAGGUUUGUGCCUGCCAGGUUCGUGCCACUGGUAAGAUGUACGCCUGUAAAAAGCUGGAGAAGAAACGUGUGAAGAAAAGAAAAGGUGAAGCAAUGGCAUUAAAUGAAAAACGCAUUUUAGAAAAAGUUAACAGUAGUUUUGUAGUUAGUUUGGCAUAUGCGUAUGAGACUAAGGACGCUCUAUGUUUGGUGUUGACCAUAAUGAACGGUGGUGAUCUGAAGUUUCAUAUCUAUAACAUGGGAAACUCAGGUUUCGAUGAGCAGCGGGCCAUCUUUUACGCGGCAGAGAUCUGUUGCGGAUUAGAGGAUCUGCAUCGAGAGCGGAUCGUCUACAGAGACUUGAAACCAGAAAAUAUUCUGCUAGAUGAUCGCGGGCACAUCCGUAUUUCUGAUCUGGGACUGGCCGUGCAAAUUCCAGAGGGCGAGACGAUACGAGGGCGUGUUGGCACAGUGGGGUACAUGGCACCAGAGGUCAUCCAGAACGAGAGCUACACCUUCAGUCCUGACUGGUGGGGUUUGGGCUGUCUAAUAUACGAAAUGAUUCAGGGUCAGUCUCCUUUCCGUCGCCGUAAAGAGCGAGUGAAGAGAGAGGAAGUGGACCGGCGAGUUUGUGAGGACCAGGAGGAAUAUACUGAGAAGUUCUCAGAAGACGCUAAAGACAUCUGCCGUCAGUUGUUAUGUAAAGAUCCAAAGGAGCGCUUGGGCUGUCGGGGCAGUGGAGCGGCCGAAGUCAAACUGCAUCCCAUUUUCCGCAACAUCAACUUCAAGCGGCUGGAGGCCAACAUGCUGGACCCGCCGUUCUGUCCAGACCCGCGAGCAGUUUACUGUAAGGACGUCCUGGACAUAGAGCAGUUUUCGACAGUCAAAGGUGUAAACCUGGACCCAACAGAUGACGAUUUCUACCACAAGUUUGUAACAGGGAGUGUCUCCAUCCCAUGGCAAAAUGAGAUGAUUGAGAUGGAGUGUUUUAAGGAGAUCAACGUGUUCGAGAUGGACGGAGCGCUGUGUGCUGAUCUGGAUGUGAACAGACCCAAUCCAGCACCGAAGCGAGGAUUCUUCUACCGUUUAUUUCACCGAGAGGCAAGUGGUAGUGCAUCGCCCGCCGUGCUCAGAGGGGGAGGGGCUUGAGGUUUGUUUUGGGAGUGCCAACAGUGAGGAGGAGGAGAAAGAGGAGAAGGAGGAGGAGCCAUCUUGACUUAAAACCACUCCCACUUCCCAUCAGCUACCCGUCAUUGGGUGGAAUUAUCGAAUCUUAUUAAAAUUUACGAAUUAGAUCGUACAAUUAAUACAAAAUAGCCACUACAUCAAAAAGUUACGAAUUUAGAAUUGCGUUGGAAUUCAAAUGUCAAAUGUAUCUUUCGGAAAUUGCAUAAUAUUACAUUUGAUUUAAAUGGAGGAAGUGGAAAUUAGUUUUGAUCUAAAAAAUGCUUUUGUCUAACGCACCUUCGAAAUCAGAGUCCCAACCAAUGGCGUGAGUCGGGGGCGGGGCUAUAACAUGCUUCAGCACUGACAGUAAAGCUCAAAUAGGAACCAUUAUUUUACCUCCAUCACCCAUUUUUCUCUUUAUGAGGAUCUUUAUGGUCCCGUUUGCAAAGCUGUGAACUGAAAACAACUCCUCUUCUGUUAUUCCCAUAUGUGUGCAUGUUCUACUGUGUCCAUGGUUUUACAAGAGGAUGAGCACUCACUUUAGUUGACAAUAAAGUUAUGAGUUGACA